AUGAGGUUGAGGCUUUGGAAAUGGUACCAGAACUGCCUGGCUUAUCAUCCGGUGAAGACUCAGGUGAUAAGCUCCGGCUUUCUUUGGGGCGUCGGCGACGUUGCCGCUCAAUACAUUACCCACUCCGCUAAAUCCCGCCUUCAAAUUUCUGAUGCGGAUGCAGAUUUUAGAAUCAAUUGGAAACGUGUGGCCAUCACAAGCACGUUCGGCUUCGGCUUUGUCGGACCGGUUGGCCAUUUCUGGUAUGAAGGCUUGGACAGGUUUAUAAGGCUUAAGCUUCACCAACAGCCGAAGUCAUUGCAGUUUGUGGCGACCAAAGUGGCAGCGGAUGGCAUUAUCUUCGGUCCUCUUGAUCUGUUAGUCUUUUUCACGUACAUGGGAUUUUCCAUGGGAAAGAAUGUUCAGCAAGUGAAGGAAGAUGUGAAGAGGGAUUUUCUCCCAGCCUUGAUAUUAGAAGGUGGCGUGUGGCCGAUUGUUCAGGUUGUGAAUUUCCGAUAUGUUCCGGUCAGGUAUCAGCUCCUAUACGUCAACAUCUUCUGCCUGUUGGACAGUGCUUUUCUUUCAUGGCUUGAGCAGCAAAAGGACGCUGCUUGGAAGCAAUGGUUCACGUCUUUCGACUCUUUGAAGGAACGAGGUGGUCAGGGCAGAUUGUAAUUUUUCUCUCUCUGCUCUCCCAUUCUCACCUUUUUCUUCAGUGUAUCACACCAAAAAGUUUGUAAGAGGAAUAUUUGUUUGAGGGCACAGGAAUCAUGAUCCCUCAGAAAACUACCAACUUCAAAUUUUGAAGUCGGCAUUGCGGGAACGAUAAAAAUCGUUUCUUUUUUCCUUUUGUUUUCCUUUUCAAGACCUGUAAACAGACUCCUGUCCAAUACAAUGAGAAACAUAGGGCAAAAUCCUUUCAAUUUUGCAGAAAA